AGAUAUAAAAGACUCACCUGUUCACUGGAAACGUAAAAACUCCGCUGAUUAUUCAGGUGCCUCAUUAAUCAGACAGUAGGAGAUGGCGGUAACGUCUCAGCCUGGAUCUUUCUCUCCGUCUGACUUCCAGACCAAUCUGUUUGACUGCUGUUCUGACUGCUCUACAUGUUUAUGUGGAUAUUUCUGUCUCCCUUGUCUGGGCUGUUCCAUUGCGAGUGACAUGGGCGAGUGCUGUCUGUGUGGAUUAGGAAUGCCCAUCCGCAGUGUCUACAGAACCAAAUACAACAUCAAGGGUUCCAUGUGUAAUGACUAUAUGAUCGCGAGCUGCUGCAUGCCGUGUGCAACCUGCCAGCUGAAGAGAGACAUCGACAUGAGAAAGCAGCAGGGAAUCUUCUGAACUUCAGAAGCUGAAACUCAAACCAAGCUGUGAAUUUCCUCAUUGUGCUCCUUAUGAACAGAAUUAAAGUGUAAUUAUGAACGAUAUAAAGAACAAUUAAAGUGACUUGUCUAUAA